ACAUUUCAACAAGCCGUGAACAGAAAAGAUGAGUGUGACACUUCGGAUUCAGCAGGAGUGUUUUUGAGUGGCUCGAGGCAUAAUUUGAGAUCGGAAGGAUCAAAAAGAAUACAGAUUCAACGACAAAGAAACCAGCAGGUUAAACCUCCCUUGCCCGCCUCCAACAUCGUUUCUAACGAGAGAGUUGGCGAUGAAAUCGAUACAAUUGACACUGGUAUUGGUAUUGGACAUGUACCAAAGCCUAUAACACCAACAACAGCAAGCAAGAAACAAUCCUCGUUACAAACGACUGUUCACGAAGAUUCCGAUUCCGGUAUGGAAGAGAGUAACAUAUCUCAAAUUAUCAAUGCUGGUCCGGUAACACAGCCACCAACGAACACAUACCGUUAUUGCUCAACGUCUGGUAAACUAUGUUCGAAUUUAUUCAUUAAUGAAUGUCCCCUUUUACAAUAUUCUUUUUUAAUCAGUUUUAGAGCCAAGCAAAACACUAUCACUUGGUGGUACGCGUGCAUUACAGCAGCCAGGGACGAGCGACGCAGGCAAGAUUUCUCGUGGCCAAACUGGAGAGGACUUUGGAAUGAUACAGUCACAAGCACUAAUGACAAUGCCUUCAACCUCACAAGAGACAACUCACCCAAACUUAAAGCGCAAAACCCUAUUGAUGGGUUUAACUGAGAAAAGAUCGUCUUUUGAAAAAAAAGUACUGAAAAAUUUUGCG